CUUAUGGCCCCCCCGUUUAAACCGUGAUUUAUUCAUUUCCGCGAGUGGCCGGCUUAAAUGUUGCGCUUGGAGGCUUUCCGAGCAGCCAAGCAACAUUCCUCUCCAGAAGCAAGAAACGAAUCUCUUUUGAGGUUCGGUUUCUAUUCUGCCGGAGUGGACUCACUGCGUUGCUAUAUAAAUUGAGAGAGCGAGGCAAAGGUUUGCUGACAGAGGUAGCUUCCUGCAGACUGCUGGACCACUGGCGAGGGAAAGUUUGCUUCCUGCGAAAUUCAACCUCCUCUCCGGGAAAGGAAAAAUGAGCCGACCCCUGAGGUCAAAGCUGGAGAGCUUGCAGUGCCAUUUCACCUGGGAUUUCGAGAUCAAGGACAAGGUGGAUGCAGUGCACAUCCUACAGGUUCUGGCCCCAAAGGCCCAGCACACCCCACACCGCAAUCGAGGCGCCUACCUUGCCAUGAGGGCCUACCUCCAGCACCUGCAGGGGAACUACGAGGAGGCCCUGGGCAGCCUCCGAGAAGCAGAGGGGGCUCUGAAGCAGGACCACCCUGCCAACUUCUCCCGCCAGGCCCUGGUGACCUACGGCAGCUACGCCUGGGUCUACUACCGCUUGGUCAAUUAUGACAUGGUGGACCUCUACCUGGGACGCAUCCAUGACAUCUGCCGGUCCUUGGCCAGCCCAGAGGCUUAUUCUGCGAUGAUCCCCGAAAUCCAGGCUCAGAAAGGCUGGUCCCUCCUGGCCGGGGGCUUCCGGAACGGGGAUGAGGCCGCAGAAUGUUUUCGGAAGGCGCUGGAGGUGGAAGAGUCCAAUGAGGAGUACCAGGCUGGACUGGCCGUCUCCGUUUUUGCCUCCUGGACUCAUUCCUCUAAUGCUGAACAACGGGAAGAAGCCCAGAAGUUGCUGGAAGAAGUCGUUGCUCGCCAGCCACAGAACUAUGAAGCCAAAGCUUAUUUGGCUCGGGCACUUAAUGUUGUGGACACGGAAAGAGCGCUCUGCCUUGCGGACAAUGUUGCCCGGGAGAGCGUGAACCCCGAAGUCCUCCGAUACAUCUCCAAGCUGUACAAGCCACAAUCCCUUCCCCUUGCCAUUUCCAUUCUGAAGAAGGCCAUCACCCUAGAUCCCGGCUACCAUCUCCCACACCACAACCUUGGCCUGUGCUACCUGAAGCAGUUGGGGAGACGUCCAGGCGAUGUCAGAGAAGAAGCCGUCGAGGCUGCCAUCGAGAGCUUCAAGCGCUCUCUGGAGAAGGAUCCUUUUUCCAUCUUCCCCCGGCUGGAGCUGGCGAAGGUUUACGGCGAGAGGUCGCCGGCUUACGAGGAAGAGAUCUACGUGAACCUGAUGGAGGAGCUCCCGGGAGCCAGCAAGAGAUGCCAGCAGUCGAUCUACAUACACUGGGGGGAUUUCCUCCUCCACAAGAAGGGGAUGAAGAGUCAGGCCCUAGAGAUGUACCAGGCGGCUGCCAGGAUCCCCGGAGACCAUGCAUCUGACAGGAAGCAGCUGGAAAUUUGCCUGAAGAAGCUGGCGAGUAUGUUCAGGGAAGACGGAGAAAUGGACCAAGCAAGAGCGGUCUACAGCUUCCUUAAAGAAACGGGGCUUCAACAGGGCGGAUGGUGGCAAAGGGGUUUCUGGCAAAAGAAUAGACAGCAGUGAAAGACCUUCAUACACACACAUUUGCAAAGAGGCAGGGAGUUGUGGCUCUUUCCUUCCAGUUUUGGCUCUUCCUGCAGCCUCAGAGCCCCUGGAUAAUAAUAAUAAUAAUAAUAAUAAUAAUAAUAAUAAUAAUAAUAAUAAUAAAAUUUAUUAUUUAUACCCCGCCCAUCUGGCUGGGUUCCCCCAGCCACUCUGGGCAGCUUCCAACAAAACAUUAAAAUACAGAAAUCCACCAAACAUUAAAAGCCUCCCUAAACAGGGCUGCCUUAAGAUGCCUUCUAAAGGUCUGGUAAUUGUUGUUCUCUUUGACCUCUGGUGGGAGGGCGUUC